AUGGUGUUUACCCUGUGCUAUUUUUGAAAAAAAUAAUUAUUAUUAUGACAUUCACACAAUUCUAUCGAACCAAAGCUUUCUUUUUUUUCUUUUAAAUUUCAGCGAGGAAUAUUUUCUAAUGUUCCAAUGUGUCUAUCAGCUAGCCCAUCAUGAGCUAGCCCCUCUGCAGGCAGUCGGUCGACUGUCGCUGACGUAACACAUUUGACAUUCGCAUGGAGCGUGAUAGCAGGGUAAUGCUAACAAGACGGACGUUUUUAACUUAAAAUCUGAUCCAGAGCUCGUAGUUAUGACUUUCCCACAUCUUUCAAGAUCCUUAACUGGCCUCAUCGCAGGCUCAGCUCCUGUUUUCCAUCACAGGGCGUUCAGUGUUACUGCUGUUGCAGCAGCCAUUCAAAAGAUGACAAGAGUCCGUGUAGUGGACAACAGCUCUCUUGGAAAUACACCACAUCACCGUCCUCCAAGAGUCAUCCAUGUCUACACCAAGAACGGUGUUGGAAAAGUUGGUGACACAGUGUUGCUUGCCAUCAAAGGACAGAAGAAGAAGGCGCUCAUCGUUGGACACAAAAUGCCUGGAGAUCGCAUGACUCCACGCUUUGAUUCAAAUAAUGUUGUUCUUAUUGAAAACAAUGGUAAUCCUACAGGGACAAGAAUAAAGGUUCCUAUACCCACACAUCUACGGAAACUGGAGGGAGAUUACUCUAAAGUGUUAGCCAUUGCCUGUUCGUUUGUUUAACUGCUGUGAUCUUUUGAAAUGUCAGUCAUACCCUGUAUAUUUUGCUUUCACUGGAAGAUAUUUGUUUUUCAUCAGUAAACUUUAAAAUAAGCCAA